AUGGGCCAUAGCUUCCCGUGGUUCCUUGAUUCGACAUUAUGCAUCGGCGUCAUUCUCCACGGCGUAUUAUGCUCGAAUCCAGAGUUCAGCUCCUUGUUCUCCUUCCCCAGGAUGAUAUGGAAGGAACUUCGAUUGGAUUUCGUGUAUCUCCUCGCCGGCAUCUAUUCGUAUAUGGCGGGGCUAGGGUCGGCCCCCUACAAAGUCUUCUACCCGAUUGCAUCCAUAGGGUUCUUGGCAUUCGCUCUGAAGAUGUCGCAGCUAAGGAACAAGGAUAAUGGAGAGUCUCGUCUUGGCCGACGGAAAAAGCAUUCCCAUCGACACUGA